AGGACUCUGACGGGAGCCCCGCCUCGGUGCGGGCGGUUGCGGGAGCCGCCCCGGCGCCGCUGCCGGGCGCUUCCCGUGUGCGGGGCGGGCGGCCCGAGCCGCCGAGGACUCUGCAGCGGCGCAGGGCGGGAUGCUCGGGGCGCGCUGCGGCCCUUUCACUCCGACGCGUCGGCUCCUCCCCUUCAAGUACCCGGGGCGGGGCUGCGCUUGCUGCAGGAAUCUGCCCUUUAAGAGCCGCCUCCCGCAGCCUCCGAGCCCUGAGCCGCCGCCCGAGCCCGCCCGGCGCCGCCAUGGUCUCCUGGAUCAUCUCCCGCCUCGUGGUGCUGAUCUUCGGCACCCUCUACCCCGCGUACUCCUCCUACAAGGCCGUGAAGACGAAAAACGUGAAGGAAUAUGUGAAGUGGAUGAUGUACUGGAUUGUGUUUGCCUUUUUCACCACUGCAGAAACACUUACAGAUAUUGUUCUUUCCUGGUUUCCCUUUUAUUUCGAGCUGAAAAUCGCAUUUGUGAUUUGGCUGCUCUCCCCUUACACCAAGGGCUCCAGUGUCCUCUACAGGAAGUUUGUGCACCCAACGCUCUCCAAUAAGGAGAAGGAAAUUGAUGAAUACAUUACUCAGGCUCGUGACAAGAGCUAUGAAACCAUGAUGCGAGUUGGCAAGAGAGGGUUAAACCUUGCUGCCAAUGCAGCAGUUACUGCAGCUGCAAAGGGUCAGGGAGUUUUGUCUGAGAAGCUGCGAAGUUUCAGCAUGCAGGAUCUCACUCUGAUCCGGGAUGAGGAUACCGUGCAUAUGCGAAGCCAUGAGCCACAGUUGCACCCUUCUGGUGGGAGUCUUCUUGAAACCAUUGAGGAUUCAGCUUCCUGUUGCUCCUCAGGAGAGGAAAGCAGUGUGGCACAGAGGUCUAAUGGAACCCCAUCGGAGACUAGAACAGACCCAUCAGAUGAAGAUGCAGGAGACAAACUUCCUAAACGUACCCAGAGUCUCAAAACUCCUAAGAAGGUGAUGAAAGCUGAGCUUCCAGUGAGAAGUGUGAAAGCCCGCCCUAAGAAGAAAGCUGCAGGCUCUCUUGCUUCUGGCGAGUCAUCCUAAGGAGACCUCUCCCUGCCCAGCACCUGUCUCUGUCCCGGGAUUUGCCUGUCUCUUUUGAAGGGAAACUCCCCAAAGGAAGGGAGCUGAGAUUCAUGUACAUAACAGAUACUGCUUUGUAGAGCCCAUUCCAAGGCAAGGGGAGGCUGGGAUUCAGAAAAUAGAGUAGAGGAUACACAUCCUCAGGAAUUUUCUCCUUUUCAUCCCUCUAUUGGAGGGAAUGCUGAUAUGUUUGUACAUAGCCUGUUGCUUUGGAAUUCCCACUGUAUAACCCUAGUUGGGGAGAAUCUUUGCUGGAAGAACCAGCUAGGGUUAGAGACAUCCAUUGCACAGAAGCUGGAAAAAUAUUAGACGCUGGAGUUCUGCAGGGGUGGGUGGCUCCCUAAAAUGUCUUAUCUUGCUCUGGGUAUUCUUCUGCAGCUGUGUGUUGUUAAGAAGUGCCCAUUAUGAUUCAUCCUCCUUGAGAAUGGACUGUACCUGUCAUGUCCAUCCCCUUUGAGAAGGUGACUGAAAUGAUGUACGCUGAAUGGUUUUGAACAUAAAGGACUAGCUCAUGGGAGAAGUAUGCUAGAUUCCUGUUACUAGUACUGGAAGAUGAAGAGAUUGUUUUUUUGUUUUUUUUUCUGGAAGGUGAAGGGAGAUAAUUGAAAAACUGAGUGAUGAAGAAAACGUGCUGUUACAUGCACAUGUGAUGGAGUAGAUACAGGUAUCUGUAAGACUUAACUAUUGAGAAGAAAAGUUGGGCAUCCGUAAGAUUUUGGCUCUUUUUGAAGCUGCUUGAAUUUUAUUUCAGGUUCUGUUGUUCGCUUUGAUUCCCGUGAGAGCAUCAGAGUUAGGCGAGUCCCAUGCAGUGGGAAAAGUUGACAGAGAGACUGUUGCUUUGACGUUCAGUGGUUGAACUCCAUGUCAUCCCGAUGCUUGUUACUAUGGACAAAUUCUUGUAUUUUAGCAGGUGGGUGGGGAAAAUCUGGCUCAAUAUAGUCUGCAGGCAUACUUGAGAACUUCAGAAGCCCUUAUCUCUCGGCUUUAGGAGAUCCAAUCCUCAUGGCAUGAGAACUGAUAAAUAGCUGAUGUAUGAAUUUCACUAAUUCCAGGAUUCCAUUUAUGGGGGAUAAAAAGCAGGGAGUAGGGCACAAUACUGUGAUUAAUCAGUCCUCUUGCUUUAUCCUACUGCAACCCUUGCACAAAUUUUCUGUCUGACCAUGUGCCAUGUUUAUCAAUGUCCUGAGACUUGAGCAAUAUGUAACACUUGGGACAGAACUACAUUGAAUGUAGAGUAUGUAUUGUGGGAGUGAAAUUGCAGUGCUGCAGAGAAAAUUUGCACCAUGCCAAGCCAUACUGGAAUCUAAUCUGUUGAACACUGUUAAGAGGCAAUCCCCCGUAUACAUGCCAGCAGAGUCAAUGGGACUUUGAGAUAAGUAGGGUUCCUGCUGUUGAGAUCUAUACUGGUGCUCCCCCGUUAUAGACAUGGCUAUCUAAAUGAAUACUUGCUGAUAUUAAUCUUUGCUGAAACUAGUUAUCAGAGGAACCUGGCUCCUCCUUUCCUACUGAAGACCAUUCUUAGCUCUAGGUGCAGGCACUUGUGUUUGCCGACAUCUUGCUGUCACAUUUCUGAAAUUACAGUGGAUUCUUUACAGAGCCCAGUAUUUUGCUGUUGAUAAUAUAUCGAAGCACUUCUGCAAGUAACGUUCCACAAGUACGUCUACCCUAAAAAAUAGCCCUUCAGAAGUUUGUAAAGUUGAAGAUUAGGACUGAAUUUUUUUUUUCUUAUUUCGCAUUGUCUUGGUGGCAAGUUGUUAUGAAUUGACUAGGUUUUUUAGGAAACCAAUUAAGUUGGGUUUACUUUUAUUUGUAGCUUUUAAAAAUUGAGGUCUUGACAGACCAUGUCAGAAACUUGCAUCUUGUCAGAAAUACUUGUCCUAAAUUAUCCACAAGACCUUAUUCAGGAGCCAGUAGAAAACGCUUGGUUUGGCUUUGAGUUUCGCAAAAAACCCCAAGUAUUUUGUUCUUUUUAGUUUGUUAGCAAGCAUUGUGUACGUGUCUCACUAGUACAUGCAAAGCCACGUCCUGAAGCAGGAAUUCUUUCUGUUUCCAGAGAAAAUUCCCCUCCAUAUGAGGGAUAAAAAUCUUUACUGUUUAUGUGGAAGAGUCAGUUGUGAGGAAUUGCUGUCCUAGAUUUUACUGUACUGAACAAGAUAGACCCAUUAUUCUCUAUAUACCAAGUAUCUCUAUGACCACAUUUCUUGAUUUUUUUUUUUUUAAUUAAAAAUUUCCAUAGCAAAUUAUUUAUGUAAGGCAUUGUGAGGGACUUGAUUUGGAAGCCAGGGACUGGUUAGUCUCCCCUUAUGCUGAUCUUCAUGCCUUUUACUUGUGCAUGCGUUGUGCUUAGUCUUGGAUUACUUGGUUUUCAUACAGUGACUUUCCAGAAUGUUUUCUAGAAUCCAUUCAUUUGUAGUAACUCUUCCUGCUUUGAAUCACAGGAAGAAUUUCUGAAGACUCGGUUUUGGCAUUUGGAUGUACCUUUGUCUUCCUGAGCUAGGUCCUGUGCUAAGUAUCUUUUACUUAGCAUUGAUGCUUGAUGUCAUUAGCCUGUGGGUAAGUAUGGGUCAGUCUUACUCUGACGUUUGUUGUGCAGGGGAAUUAAAUGACUUCUGGUUGUAAGAGAGUCUGGAUUAGAGUCAGGGACUAUUAUCUAGUGUGUGAUACGAAGCUGAUGAUGUCAAGCAGCAGAACUUACCCAGAGCAAGAACAAUGUCUUAGUAUGGACACUAUAUUUUCUUCUUCCAGUACACGUGUGACUGCUAGAUUGUGCUCUGCUUGAUCAAAGCCUCUGCAGAUCUGCCACCACCCAUGUGACCUCUUAGUGAGUUUCUAGAUAUAGUUCUGCACUGGAUGGCAUGGUCUUGCAUAGAAAUUCUCUUGUUAAUGAGAACGCUGAAUGUGCUGUUUUGAUAAAAUGCUUUUAUCAGCUGUUGUUCAGUGUUUUCAGCAGGAAAUGCUGGAAUGUAGUUCCUCUUCAGUAUCAUCUGUGGGCUUCAUUGUGCAAUUAAGCAAAUGGUUAAAUCUUCACCUAGCAGUAGAACCCAUUGUGUUCAGUGUUUAUACUCCUUUUGUAAUAUGCCUGGGCACAGAGAAACGCGGUAAGAGAAAACGAUACCUGAAGCUGGGGGGCUGUGGGAGUGCUGCAAGUAUGUCAAAUGUUGUGUGCCUAAAAAUUAUCCUAAAAUACCUGUACCAUGAGAUACAAAGUGGAGCCAUGACUGCCUUUUGGAAAGAAAUGUACCUCCACGCUUUAUAA